AUGGACUGCCACUUAGAGAGGGGCGCUAACCGGACUAGAUAUGAUGCGCGCGACAAUAAACUGCAUCUGAAUGAGGUUCCAAUUCCUGAGCCCAGGGAACAUGAGAUUCUUGUGAAGAUCGCCUGCGCCUCAUUGUGUCACAGCGAUGUGAUGCUGUUUGAGCCCAAUGAACAAGGCUUGAUCCUAGGCAAGAAUCCAGUGACAAUAGGCCAUGAAGCGACUGGGACCGUUGUCCGGACUGGCUCUGGUGAUGUUGCAAGCAAGUUCAAUCCUGGCGACGCUGUCGGGUUCCUCUGCGCUGUCGAGUGUUGCUUCGAAUGCGCCCAGUGCAAGAACGUGCACAAUGCAUGGUGUGCUACCGGAAAGACUAAGAUGCAGGGUUUCACGCUCGAUGGUUAUUUCCAGGAGUAUGCCGUUGUUGAUGCUCGAGAGACUAUGGUACUCCCAGAAGGAUUGGAUCCGAAAACGGCAGCACCCUUGUUCUGUGCUGGUGUCACCGCCUAUCACGGAGUUCAAGACUGUGAGCUCCAGCCUGGCCAAUGGAUGGCAAUUGUAGGGUGCGGCGGACUUGGUCAUUUAGGUAUACAAUAUGCCAAAGCAAUGGGUUACAAAGUCGUAGGCCUUGAUGUGGCAGAUCAGGCCCUGGAAGAGGCCAAAAAGUGCGGAGCGGACCAUGUGUUCAACUCACUCAGUGACCCAGAUUGGCAAAGGAAGGUGGUCGAAGUCACUGGUGGAGGGGCCGAUGCUGUAGUGAACUUCACAGCUUCGAAGAAGUCCUAUGACGACGCUCCUGCGAUCAUUCGUACGGGCCUUGGUUUGCUAAUGGUGGUGGGAAUUCCUCGUCAGCCAUUGCAAUUGAAUGCUUUGGAUAUUGCGCUUGGGAGGUACAGAAUCAAGGGCUCAAACAAUGGAACAUGCUAUAAUAUGCGACCUGCAAUCGAGUUCAGCGCGAAGCAUAAUAUCCAGCCUCACAUAACUGCAUAUAAGCUUGAGGAGCUACCUAAGAUGAUCGAACUAAUGAACUCACAUAAAGCGAAAGGCCGUAUGGUUGUACAAUUUGAUUGAACGUAGGCCCGGGUGAACGUAGGCCCAUGGGAAGCGGGAGCAAUUCGAAGCAAGUGAUGCAAAGAGCAGGUCUCUAGAUGCAUUCAUGUGGACCAUGUUGCCCAUGUAUGCGAAACUUAUUGAGUAGUAGCAGUGUACAAAAUGUUGUUCAGAAGCCAAAGAAAAUCCUGCAAAAUUGAAAUUGACAAGCGGACUGAUCAUUGCAUCUGCAAUUGAUAUCGCUCGGUCACGGAUGUGGAUGUAGGUCCGUUGAACGAAUGAUGAUUGCAAUUCUGUAAGACGUUCAUCACGAGAAUAUCUGUCUGACAAUGACUGAUGAGACCCCUCGCUAUUCUUGUAGAUGACUACCGUGCCGUGCAUGCGUAACGUAAUAAUAGACAACAGGAAAUGUAGAUUUUG